AUGGUGAUGGCUGGGAUUGACAGGGAGCUCUACCUGGUGGUCUCCAUGCCCUUGGAGCUCACAGUCAUCACAGACCAUGUAAAAAGCCGGCGAAUACGUUUAAUAAAGCUUUCGAGGUUUACAGUGCUCUUCUUUUCGCCUCUAGACCUCAGCUGGAUCUCCAAAAUACAAGUGAAUCAGCCGGCAGUUCUGAGACGUGCGGAACAAAUCCGGGCCCGCAGACCCGUGAAGAAGGAGUGGCAAGCUGCUUGGCUACUGAAAGCUGUUACCUUUAUAGAUCUUACGACACUUUCAGGCGAUGACACACCUUCCAACGUUCAAAGGCUCUGUUACAAAGCCAAGCAUCCCAUCCGAGAAGACCUCUUGAAAGCUUUAAAUGUGCACGAUAAAGGCAUCACUACGGCUGCCGCUUGUGUCUACCCGGCUCGAGUGUGUGAUGCAGUAAAGGCACUGAAGGCUGCAGGGUGUGAUAUCCCAGUGGCAUCUGUGGCCACUGGCUUUCCAGCUGGACAGACUCACUUAAAAACACGAUUAGAAGAGAUCAGAUUGGCUGUGGAAGAUGGAGCCUCGGAAAUCGACGUGGUAAUUAAUAGGACCUUGGUGCUGACAGGCCAGUGGGAAGCCCUGUAUGAUGAGAUUCGUCAGUUUCGCAAGGCCUGUGGGGAGGCUCAUCUCAAAACCAUCUUAGCGACGGGAGAACUUGGAUCCCUUACUAACGUCUACAAAGCCAGUAUGGUAGCGAUGAUGGCAGGAUCAGAUUUUAUUAAGACCUCUACUGGAAAAGAAUCAGUGAAUGCCACCUUCCCAGUAGCUAUAGUAAUGCUACGGGCCAUUAGAGACUUCUUCUGGAAAACUGGAAACAAGGUGGGCUUUAAACCAGCAGGAGGCAUCCGCAGUGCCAAGGACUCCCUUGCAUGGCUCUCUCUCAUAAAGGAGGAGCUGGGGGAUGAGUGGCUGAAGCCUGAGCUCUUUCGGAUAGGGGCCAGUACUUUGCUCGCCGACAUCGAGAGGCAGAUUUACCAUCAUGUGACUGGAAGAUACGCAGCUUAUCACGACCUUCCAAUGUCUUAAACCAGCAACGAGUUGCGCAAAAGUUCUUACCGACAGCGUUUAAAAAUUGUUUUUCUGCAUGAUUGCUAGAAUUACCUAAUUAAAAAGAUGAGGGACUAGGUAACUGACUUUUUCCCCUUAACAUUUCCAUUGAAUUUAACUCAAAGAAUGAAAGAGAAACAACGCAGCUAACCCACACACGGUCCCCAUUUCAGGCACAUCUGAAAUGGCCUUAAGUACUAGAAGAUCUGCAUUGUGGAUUUUGUGGAGGUUUUCUCUAAGAAAAACGUUAGUGGUAGCUUUGACAACGUUAAGUUCUACGGAAACAGUGUUGGAAUUGCCCAAGAACCCCUGCUGUGCCUAAAGAAAGCGCAGCAUCCCUGAAGGGCUCCUGUGCUCCCGGCGGCUGCGGGAGUCACUCGGCACUGAUUUCCCCACCGAGAAAACCCAUCUUUAAUUUUUGCAACACAGGCGCUUUAUUCAUUGUUUUGCUAAUGGAAUUUCUAUCAUUGUUUAAUGCAACUAUGGAUGUCACUGAAUUUUUUAAUUAAAAAAUUCCUGUAGUUUAUUAAAAAAAACCUUUAAAUUCUAAUAGUACAUAUUGAAAAGUUAAUCCAUUAAACAUAUAAAGAGGUUUUAUCAAUGA